UGACGCCGGGCGGUUGCUUCGGUUUGAUGUGCUUCAAACGUAAAAACACUUUGUCCAUAGCUGAGGUCGGUCUGCUAGAAGGUGCAAACUGUUCAUCACCUCUCUUACGAUUCGGGCGGUGGUGAGCGUGAGGCUGAGGGUGACAUAGACAGUGCUUGGCCUUCGUUCAGGCAUGUUGCUCAAGAGCAUCUACCGCUUUGGAGGUGUUGUUGAAAGGGACUCCUGAUUGUGAGGCCAUACUCAAUAUUCGGCUGCCGCGAUUUUUUUUUGUAUGUAUCUAUGCAGGUAUGUACUUGUGCAUGACGAACUCCUGCAUUUUUCCAGACCGAGACCUUUUUACAUUUGAUAUACGGAUCUCUUGCGGGCGGACGACAAGCCCGAACAAGUGCAGCAGCAAGUUCCGCGCGUCAUGGCGAACCUGACCGACAACGUUUUCGCGAACUACGCCCCCGGGGUGCUGGACGUCCAUUCCGAGAAACGGCUCCAGCCCGAAACGCCGCCCGCCGAUCGUGCAGACUUGAUCCGGUGUGCGAAAAAAAGAGCCAACGCCAAAAAGGGGCCGCUGUGGAACGCUGCGGCGAAUUUCUUGACGGAGUACAUUGCCGUGUGUCAAGCGAACAAGCUGGAACUGAAGGACCGGAACAAGUACCUUUUGCAAACCGUGAAACUGUCUUUCAACAAGAUGAACGGGAUCGGCCAGGAGGUGUACAAACUCCACCUGGAUGCGGCGAUUCAGCAGAACCUCGUAGAGACGAAGUUGUUCGGAAACUUGCCCGAACUCAUGCGGUAUGAAUUGUAAAAGCAUCGUACUAGCAGUAAUUGCAUUACAAAUUAUAACCCAGCAUGAGCAUGACAAAUGGAAUUUGUCAUGCUGUUUUACCUUGGGAUGGAGAUUUGAAAUGCAUAAUUGCAAUUACUACGAGUACGAUGCUUUUGCGCUGGAUAUGCGGGAAGACCCGAUGUUCAACGAGCUGUACUACGUCGGCUACGACCUGUUCGCGGCGAUGUCUGAGAAGGCUAAGUAUGAUGUCGAUGAGGACAAAGUCGACGACUUUUUUGACUGGAUCAUCUUCGCCGUGGGGCUGGGUAGUGCCCGCUUGGACACGGCCUUUCUCGAUGAGCGCCUCGAUGCAUCGGAGUGGGUGGAGCUCUAGAGAGCUCUCGUUGAUGACCGUUGGACGACCACUUCUUUGCAAGCAGAUCUUCCCGAGGGUGCAUAAGCAUCUUCUUGAAAAAUAUACCGACACCGCCGACGUGAUGGAAUCUGUAUUCAGUUGUACUCCUUUUUUACUACCUCCGACCACAUUACGUAUGUUCUCUUUCUUUCGUGAAGUACUUACAUCACUCGUGCUUUCUUUCGGAAAGUACUUACAUCACUCGUGCUUUCUAUCGUAUGAAGAUCAAACCUGCUUCUUCCCCUCAUUUAAUUCUGAAGUUUUGCUCUCUCCACCUGAGUAGUUUAUUUCGCACGACCCGUCAGUGGUUGUGCUUGUGCCUUGUGGUUUAUUUGCCUAUUUUGUCCUUAACAUUUACUUUAGAUUUUCAUCUUUGUCUUCCUGCAUACGUCGUUAUCUUCACGCCCUGCUACAGGAAAAUUCAAAUCUUUUUGAAAGAUUUGAAUUGGAUAUAAUUCCGAAACGUUCUUGACUUAUCCCCUGCUGUCUUGACACGCGAAAAGCGCCGACAAGCUGCAGUUCCACCCCGGUCGGCCUUUUGAAAUAAAAAAUACACAAGGCUAU